AUGAUAAAAAGGCUUGGUGAACACUGCAACUCGUUUUCCUUUCUUUUUCUUUUCCAUUACCGAACAAUUCAACCAACAACCGAGAAGAUGAGUCCCUACAUCAUCUGCUGUCCUAUCUACGGAUGGAGAUUAUACGACAUAGGUGCUGGCUGGAGAAACGAAUUUCUUUGCAUCACACCAAAGAAGGGAAAGAUUUACCUGACUAGACUCGGCGUCUAUGACGACCCUAGCAGCGGCGGCUUUAUUGCGCCACGAAAUACAGCUGCCAGAUAUGACGACGAUGGAUACACCAGGCCUCAGAAGGAUCAAUUCGCUACCCAUAGGCUGGCCGUGUCACCAGCCGCGGUCCCCCUUGACCGGGUUUUCUAUUCUCUUGACUCAGCCAAAGACUCCCUGUUUCCUUGGGAGAUUAGUGGACACGAUGAUGAAGCAGAGGAUGCGCCUUGGGCGGCUGACCCACGUGAGGUGAAUGUUCAAACGAUACUAGACGUAACGUAUUUUAUAAGCGAGUCGUGGGUACAAGCGAGCCGUGGGUUCCUUGGCGCGACGCAUCCUCUCUCUCCUAAACAUCAUUUUUUUCCACAACCCAACAUGUCUCCCCCUUCAAAGGAAGCCAGAGUAAUCUUAGCCCUUGAAGCUCUUCAAAACAACGAAGAAUUGAAGCUUGAAGCCAUAGCUAAGCUCUAUAUCGUGGAUGACGAUGUUUACAACUUCGACGAGACUGGGUUUAUGAUGGGUAUUAUCUUCGCGGGUAUGGUAGUUAUGACAUCAGACGGCCUUAGCACGGCGAAACUGGCCCAGCCUGGCAACCGUGAAUGGGCAACGGUGAUCCAUGGAGUCAAUGCCCUCGGCUGGGUCAUCCCUCCUUCAUCAUCUUAG